UAUAGUGAAUGCAGGGUCCGGGAGACCAGAUAUAGUGAAUGCAGGGUCCGGGGAGACCAGAUAUAGUGAAUACAGGGUCUGGGGAGAUCAGAUAUAGUGAAUGCAGGGUCCGGGGAGACCAGAUAUAGUGAAUGCGGGGUCCGGGGAGACCAGAUAUAGUGAAUGCAGGGUCCAGGGGAGACCAGAUAUAGUGAAUGCAGGGGUCCGGGGAGACCAGAUAUAGUGAAUGCAGGGUCCGGGGAGACCGGAUAUAGUGAAUGCAGGGUCCUGGGGAGACCAGAUAUAGUGAAUGCAGGGUCUGGGGAGAUCAGAUAUAGUGAAUGCAGGGUCUGGGGGAGACCAGAUAUAGUGAAUGCAGGGUCCGGGGAGACCAGAUAUAGUGAA